CAAACAGGCAGAGGUUAAGGCCUGACUUCUGCUCCCGGCCGACCCGGGUUCAAAUCCGCCUGCCGACCUCUCGGGUGUUUGAGAGGUGGUGAAAUGGGAGGUGGCCCCCCAUCUUGUGGACGGUGUAGGACGUGAUAAAAUCAAUUCGCGGGCUGACCAGGAACUAAGUUGAGGCGCCGUUGAUCCGCUAGAUUUGGUUGGAUGCUGGUGGUGAGUUGCCAAACUCAAAGAGUACACUCUGAAGUCGGAUGGGGUGAAUGGCUUAGGGUGCCCCUCUAGUAAGGGAGAGCAGGGAACUGCCUCGGGAAGGAGGCCACUGGUGAAGCUUAACCACCCUGUAAAAAAGGAGAGCUAUGUGCGCCAACGCGCCUGCAGCAGUAAUAAGAACACGUUGGCGGUGAUUUACGCGCGCGGUGGCAAUACGGCAGGAGGACGGCGGUGAGGUAGGGCUUUACGUGGGAUGUGAUAUGGUGCCAGUGGAAGGUGGGGUUUAGGAGGAAAAGACAGAGUUCGGAUCUGGGUUAUGGUCUUUAACGAAAGAUCUCGGAUGCAAACGAAGGGUUAACAAUUUUUGUGGAUGUGUUAAGGCCUGUUCGAAUUCCUUCUUUUCCUUGAGGUGCAUGCUGCGGUACCGUUGCGUAGUAGCGAUGGCCAAGGAGCCCAAUGGAUCGUUUGGACUGGUAUGGUGGCCAACUGGGCAUCAGGGAGCGCAUAUGCGACCCGAUGUGGCGGGCGGAUGCAUCAAACCCUGUUCAAGAUGUGCUUAUGGAGCUUUUCGGGACCGAAGCAAACGACGAAAAGGCGCGAAAAGCCCUUUUGACGCAUCUUGACACGCUUUUGGCGUUAGGCAUCAGUAGGUCAGGCGAGGAGCUGCUCCACAUCCCUGAGUACGAGGACGCUCGGGCGAGGCAGCUUGGAACAAGCAUUGCGCAGUCAUUGGCAACCAGUAAACUAGAUGAUUGGGCCGACCGGGUCGGGCAGCUUGUACCUAAGCUCAACGAGACCAAAAGUUUUGCAAUGGUCCGGCGUCUUCUUGUGGGCUCUUUAUUAAAGCACUGGCUGGAACAUGGCGCCCAGCUUCCCGACGCGAGUGCGGCGAAAGUACAGGACUUCCUCCUCAAGUUGUACAACGCGCACCGAAUAGGUGCCGUGCACAAGGGUGUCAUGGAGUAUUUACACGUUUCCAAAUCGGGGGGCACCAGCUGGUGCCAUAUAGCAGAACUCAACGGCUGUACAACGGAGCGGUACGACAAGUCGUACGUCUGUCAGAUAAAGAAGUUUGAUGAUAAGGUCCGGUGGCUGAACAUGACGUUCCACAUGUUGCAAGUCCCCGUGUACCGAGUACCCCAGUAUGUGUUGAAGAGAAGACGUCUGGUCGCCACUCGCGGGUACAACUACUAUUCCAAUGAGUACACGGUACAUGGGGGGCAUAAGGGCAUGGACAACGCGCACAUGUGCAGCGACUUCUUCAACGCAAUCGUGCUACGCGACCCUCUAAAGCGGCUAGUGUCACACAUGAAGUUUGUGAUGUGGACUAUGAGCGGUGACAGGGGCUACAAUGACACACUGCUAUUCAACCGAAUGUACGCCAAUCGUACAUCGGAGUUCUGGCAGGCUGCCCCAUGCUUCCACCUCUGUACCAUUCCCCUGGUGGCUCCGGCUCUGCCACAAUCCCUGGGCCCCGCCAUCGUUGAUAACUACUUUGUUCGGUCGCUGCUGGGUGAGGCGGCCUUCCAUGUGCCAGUGGGGGCAGUGACUCCGGACAUGUUGAGACUGGCCAAACACGUUCUGGCGCAGUUUGACAUGGUGGUGGUUCUGGAGCAGGCCAGCAUAGUCAAGAACCUCAUCACCACCUACGGGGUGGGCUGGAAAUACACCUUGGACGAUGUCCACGACAAGGACUCCCAGAUCCGCGAGGCCGAGUUCAACACGACCGCCUACAUCCCCGAAGACCUCGACAAGCUUCUCAAGGCACAGACCGUGGAUCUAGACCUGUACGACUUUGCCAAAGCCCUGGCCCAGCUGGAUCCGGUGGUGUAUUCGGUGGUUCGCAAGGCCAAUGUGCAGCCGUUGCCGCUGGAGGUGGGCGCACUGCAGGACGACUCGCCGUGUGGGCUGCUGCGGCUGCAGAACAAGGAGAUGCUGCUGGCUGCGCUGGGGGCCCGGAGACCUGUGCUGCAAACAACCAAGAUGGCCGCGAAGGCGGCCUUAAAAACGGCAGGAAGCAGUAGCAGUAGCAGCAAUAAUCGCGGGUUGCAGGGAAUGAAGCGGCGGGAAUGA